AUGCACGCCGGCGGCUCGGGUUACCCACUCGCCUCGCUCUACGUGGGCGACCUGCACCCCGACGUGACUGAGGCCAUGCUCUACGACACCUUCUCGCCCGCCGGCCCCAUCCUGUCCAUCCGCGUGUGCCGCGACGUGGCCACCCGGCGCUCGCUGGGCUAUGCCUACAUCAACUUCCAGCAGCCGGCCGACGCGGAGCGGGCCCUGGACACCAUGAACUUCGAGGUGAUCAAGGGCCAGCCCAUCCGCAUCAUGUGGUCCCAGCGAGACCCGGGGCUGCGCAAGUCGGGCGUGGGCAACGUCUUCAUCAAGAACCUGGAGGACUCCAUCGACAACAAGGCUCUGUAUGACACCUUCUCCACCUUCGGGAACAUCCUCUCCUGCAAGGUGGUGUGCGACGAGCACGGCUCCCGGGGCUUCGGCUUCGUGCACUUUGAGACCCACGAGGCUGCGCAGCAGGCCAUCCGCACCAUGAACGGGAUGCUGCUCAAUGACCGCAAAGUCUUCGUCGGCCACUUCAAGUCCCGCCGGGAGCGGGAGGCGGAGCUGGGGGCGCGGGCCCUGGAGUUCACCAACAUCUACGUGAAGAACCUCCGGGCGGAAGUGGAUGAGCCGCGCCUGCAGGACCUCUUCUCCCAGUUUGGAAAGAUGCUGAGUGUGAAGGUGAUGAGGGACGGCAGCGGCCACUCCCGGGGCUUUGGCUUCGUCAACUUUGAGAAGCACGAGGAAGCCCAGAAGGCUGUGGACCACAUGAACGGGAAGGAGGUGAGCGGGCGGCUGCUGUACGUGGGCCGCGCCCAGAAGCGGGUGGAGCGGCAGAAUGAGCUGAAGCGCAAGUUCGAGCAGAUGAAGCAGGACCGGCUGCACCGCUACCAGGGCGUCAACCUGUAUGUGAAGAACCUGGAUGACUCUAUCGAUGACGAGAAACUGAGGAAAGAGUUCUCCCCCUACGGAGUGAUCACCAGUGCAAAGGUGAUGACAGAGGGUGGCCACAGCAAGGGGUUUGGCUUUGUGUGUUUUUCCUCUCCAGAGGAGGCGACAAAGGCCGUGACGGAGAUGAACGGGCGCAUCGUGGGCACCAAGCCGCUGUACGUGGCGCUGGCGCAGCGCAAAGAGGAGCGGAAGGCCAUCUUGACCAACCAGUACAUGCAGCGCCUCUCCACCGUGCGGGCCCUGGGCAGCCCCUUCCUGGGCUCCUUCCAGCAGCCCUCGCGCUACUUCCUGCCCGCUGUGCCCCAGCCUCCAGCGCAGGCUGCGUACGCUGGCUCUGGCACCAUGGCACCCAUCCAGGCUGCCCCCAGGUGGUCAGCCCAGCCACCACAACCUUCGUUCACCUGUCCUCCAGCUGCCUCAACCGUGCGGCCACCAGGUGUGCCUCGGCGCCCCCGGGACCACAUCAGCAGUGUCAGGCAGGCCUCCACCCAGGUGGCACGGCCGGCGCCUCCCACCCAAAGAGUGGCCAACAUUGGUACCCAGACCACAGGACCUGGCGGGACGGGAUGCCCUAUCGCAGGCCGGCCUCUCCUGCCGUACCGAUGCCCUUCAGGGGUCCACCACAGCCAGCCUAUGCUGCAGGAGCCUGCUGUGCACGUCCCCGGCCAGGAGCCCCUGACUGCGUCCAUGCUGGCUGCGGCGCCCCUGCACGAGCAAAAGCAGAUGAUUGGGGAGCGUCUCUACCCCCUCAUCCACAACGUCCACAAGCAGCUGGCUGCCAAGAUCACGGGCAUGCUGCUGGAGAUCGACAACUCGGAGCUGCUGCUCAUGCUGGAGUCUCCGGAGUCCCUCCACGCCAAGAUAGAAGAGGCGGUGACAGUGUUGCAGGCCCACCAGGCCGCGGAGCAGCCCAAGGUGUACAUGCACUGA